ACGGCGCUAGCGUCCUAUCGUGGUAACCCGGUCACCUUGGAGCGUUAGGAUGUUCACCGACAGCCACCUGCGCUUCGGUCGGCUCUGCCGUCGCCCGGCCCUUAAAGGGUCAGGGGACCAAGCACGCUCCCAGUGUAGCGUUUGGCUCUCUCCUCUCGUUCGCCCCAGCCUCUCAUCCCUUCUAAGUCAAAGUCAAACGCUGGGGCCAGAAGUCUGGGGAAGCCGUAAGUCCCCCUGUUUGGCGUGCAGUCGGACUUGACAGUGGUGAAGUGCUGGUUGUAAUUGAGCAAGACGGCCCUUGGCCUUGGCCUGAGAGCUGAAAGCCAAUCAGAUUGACGAGGAAGCCAUGGAAGCUGCUGAGAAAAAGGAAAUCAGUGUUGAAGAUGAAGCUGUGGAUAAAAACAUUUUCAAAGACUGCAGCAAGAUUGCUUUCUACAGGCGUCAGAAACAUCAGCUCUCCAGGAGAUCCACCUAUCAGGCAUUACUAGACUCAGUCACAACUGGCAAAGACAGCACCAAGUUCCACAUCAUCAAUGAAACAACCAAGGUUCCUCUACUGGCCGAAGUUUAUGGUAUAGAGGGAAAUAUUUUCAGGCUUAAAAUAAAUGAAGAAACUCCCCUGAAACCCAGGUAUGAAGUUCCUGAUGUCCUCACAAUCAAGCCCAGCACUGUAAGGCUGAUUUCAUGCUCAAGGGAUGCAGGUAGUCUGGUAUUGGCAGAUGGAAAAGGAGAUCUGAAGUGUCGUAUCACAGCAAACCCAUUCAAGAUAGAUUUGGUGUCUGAAGAAGAGAUUGUGAUGAGCAUAAACUCCCUGGACCAAUUGUACUUUGAGCACCUGCAGAUUCCUCUCAAGCAAAGAUCUACCAAAGAAAAUAAGGAGGACACAUCAGUUGAUGCUUCUCAGGAAGACCAAGAGGAUCUAGGCCUGUGGGAGGAGAAAUUUGGAAAAUUUGUGGAUGUCAAAGUUAAUGGUCCUGCCUCCAUUGGUUUGGAUUUCUCCUUGCAUGGAUUUGAGCAUCUCUACGGGAUCCCACAACAUGCAGAAUCACACCAACUUAAAAAUACUAGUGAUGGCGAUGCUUACCGUCUUUAUAACCUGGAUGUCUAUGGAUAUAAAAUACAUGACAAAAUGGGCAUUUAUGGUUCAGUGCCUUAUCUUCUGGCCCACAAGCUAGGCAGGACUCUAGGCAUUUUUUGGCUUAAUGCCUCUGAAACACUAGUGGAGAUCAAUACAGAACCUGCAGUGAAGUACACACUGACCCAGAUGGGCCCUGUUGCAGCUAAACAAAAGAUUAGAUGUCGAACUGAUGUGCACUGGAUGUCAGAGAGUGGAAUCAUUGAUGUUUUUCUGCUAACAGGACCUACGCCUUCUGACAUCUUCAAGCAGUACUCAUACCUUACAGGCACACAAGCCAUGCCCCCUCUCUUCUCCUUGGGGUACCAUCAGUGCCGCUGGAACUAUGAGGAUGAGCAGGAUGUAAAAGCAGUGGAUGCAGGAUUUGAUGAACAUGACAUUCCUUAUGAUGUCAUGUGGCUGGACAUAGAGCAUACCGAGGGCAAAAGGUACUUCACUUGGGACAAGAAAAGAUUCCCAAAUCCCAAAAGGAUGCAAGAGCUGCUCAGAAGCAAAAAACGUAAGCUUGUGGUCAUCAGUGAUCCCCACAUCAAGAUUGAUCCUGACUACUCAGUGUAUGCUAAGGCCAAAGAACAGGGCUUCUUUGUGAGGAAUCAUGAAGGAGGAGACUUUGAAGGGGUAUGCUGGCCUGGUCUCUCCUCUUAUCUGGAUUUCACCAAUCCCAAGGUCAGAGAGUGGUAUUCAGGUCUUUUCACUUUCUCUGCUUACCAGGGAUCUACUGACAUCCUCUACAUAUGGAAUGACAUGAAUGAGCCUUCUGUCUUUAGAGGGCCAGAGCUAACCAUGCAGAAGAAUGCUGUUCAUCAUGGCAAUUGGGAGCACAGGGAACUUCACAACAUCUAUGGUUUUUAUCAGCACAUGGCUACUGCAGAAGGACUAAUACAACGAUCUGAGGGGAAGGAGAGACCCUUUGUUCUUACUCGUUCUUUCUUUGCUGGAUCACAAAAGUAUGGUGCUGUGUGGACGGGCGACAACACAGCAGAAUGGAGCUACCUGAAAAUUUCUAUCCCUAUGUUACUCACCCUCAGCAUUACUGGGAUCACUUUUUGUGGAGCUGAUGUAGGCGGCUUCAUUGGGAAUCCAGAGGCUGAGCUGCUAGUGCGAUGGUACCAGGCUGGAGCCUACCAGCCCUUCUUCCGUGGCCAUGCUACCAUGAAGACCAAGCGGCGAGAACCCUGGCUCUUUGGGGAGGAGUACACUCAGCUCAUCCGGGAAGCCAUCAGGCAGCGCUAUGCCCUCCUGCCCUAUUGGUAUUUUCUCUUCUACUGCGCACAUGUGGCUGCUGAACCAGUCAUGAGGCCUCUGUGGAUAGAGUUCCCAGAGGAAUUAGACACUUUUGGUGUAGAAGAUGAAUACAUGCUGGGAAGCGCUUUAUUGGUUCAUCCAGUCACAGAACCAAAAGCCACCACGGUUGAUGUGUUCCUGCCAGGAUCAAAUGAGGUCUGGUAUGACUCUAAAACAUUUGCUCAUUGGGAAGGAGCAUGUACUGUGAAGAUCCCGGUAGCCUUAGACACUAUACCGGUAUUUCAGCGAGGUGGAAGUAUAGUACCAAUAAAGACAACUAUAGGAAAAUCCACAGGCUACAUGUCUGAUUCCCCAUAUGGACUCCGGGUGGCCCUAAGCACUAAGGGUUCUGCCAUGGGUGAAUUCUACCUUGACGAUGGCCAUUCAUUCCAAUAUCUCCACCAGAAGCAAUUCUUGCACAGGAAGUUUUCAUUCUUGGCAGGUGUUUUGAUCAACAGUUGUGCUGACAAAAGAGGUCAUUAUCCUAGCAAGUGUGUGGUGGAGCAGAUCUUUGUCCAAGGCCUCAAGAAGCAGCCAUCUUCUGUGACCACCCAUUCAUCUGAUGGUAAAGAGGAGCCUGUGGCUUUUACAUAUUGUGCCAAAAUGUCUACCCUGAGGCUAGAGAAGCUCUCACUGAACAUCGGCACUGACUGGGAAGUCCACAUCAGAUGACAGUGAAGUGCACCCGUUGAUGAGCACAGGAAGCAGCCUGCACCUUUUACCCUUUCCCUUGACCUUUACUGUUAUUUGUGCUGCAUGCUAAUUGACUUCUCUGGCUACAAAUGAUCUUUCAUUAGUUACCAGUGUACUAAUGAGAAUAGAUCUCAGGUUUUAUAAAUUUUUUAAAUAUUUAUUUAUUCAUGAGAGACGUACACACAGAGAGAGAGAGAGAGAGAGAGGCAGAGACAUAGGCAGAGGGAGAAGCAGGCUCCAUGCAGCAAGUCCUGGGCCAAAGGCAGGCACUAAACCAUGAGCCACCCAGGGAUUCCCCUGGGUUUUACAUUUUUAGAGGUACUAGUAAUACUCUUUGUGUCAAAUACUACUUCUUUCCUAGAUGCAAGUAGCCCCAAGACAUUUAUAGAGUUCAUUGAUCUGCUGCUGCUUCUUGGACCAUGGCGCUGUGGUACACACUGUGGCCCAAUGAGUAGCUUAUCUUUGAGCAUAACUGGAUGGGUUUAUUUGUUGUUCUUUUUUUUUUCUUUAAGUGAACUCUGCCCCCAAUGUGAGGCUCAAACUCACAACCUUGAGAUCAAGAGUCGUAUGCUUUACCAACUGAGCCUGCCAGGCACCUCUGGAUGAGUCUGUUACAUGUGAGAUGUGGGCCAAACCCACCUUGUGUGGCCCAUUUGUGGAAGCUUGCCUCAGGCCAAGCGGCAGAGUCAGGCUGACUAUAGCUGCUGAAUUGCUUAAGGCCUAUCUCCAAUAGACAGCAACCUUUGGUACCCCCCCCACCCCCAGUUAUCUUUCACUCACUUAGAUGUGGGUAAAACAACCCUUUUCUGUUUGCACUGCAUACACUGCAGCGAUAGGAAGUUAAUAUCCCCUAAAGACUGACUUAGAAGCACAAAGGAUUCUUUUCCCUGUCAUGCUCUUUGGGCUUCACAGUUCCUAAUUAAUCUCCUUAAAAUUACAAUUUAUCUUAAUUAUUUUCAUUAAAUACUGUUUACUAAUCACAGAAUAUUUGUAACAUAAGUAAGCUAUAGCUUAUAGUUAAUAAUUAAAUGAAUACCCAUAUACCCAAUACCAAACUUCAGAAAUAGAACAGAAGGCUGGGAUAAGCGGAUCCCUGGAUGGCUCAGUGGUUUAGUGCCUGCCUUUGGCCCAGGGCAUGGUCCUGGAGUCCCAGGAUCAAAUCCCACAUCGGGGUCCCUGCAUGGAGCCUGCUUCUCUCUCUGCCUGUGUCUUUGCCUCUCUCUCUGUGUGUGUUUCUCAUGAAUAAAUAAAUAAAAUCUUUAAAAAAAAAAAAAAAAGGCUGGGAAAAGGGUAAGUGAGGUACUUGCCUUGGGCAAAAAGUUUAAGGGGGUACGGAAAAAAUGCAAUCAUCAAAAUGAAUAAUAUUUUAAUAUGGUAUUUUUUAAUCAAAAUUAAUGCAAAAAAUAAUUCCUGAAGAACAAAAUAUCAACAUUUUAUUUUUUUAAGAUCUUAUUUAUUGGGAUCCCUGGGUGACACAGUGGUUGGGCGCCUGCCUUUGGCCCAGGGCGCGAUCCUGGAGACCCGGGAUCGAAUUCCACGUCAGGGUCCCAGUGCAUGGAGCCUGCUUCUCCCUCUGCCUGUGUCUCUGCCUCUGUGUGUGUGUGUGUGUGUGUGUGUGACUAUCAUAAAUUUAAAAAAAAGAUCUUAUUUAUUUAUUCAUGAGAGACACAGAGAGAGAGAGAGAGAGAGAGGUAGAGAGGUAGAGACACAGGCUGAGGGAGGAGCAGGCUCCAUGCAGGGAGCCCGACACGGAACUCGAUCCUGGGUCUCCAGGAUCAUGCCGGGCUGAAGGCUGCGCUAAACCGCUGAGCCACUGGGGCUGCCCAAAAUAUCAACAUUUUAAAUAAAGACAUGAUCAGUAUUACUGAGUUUUCCUUUUCCCUCAGGCUCCGGUAUGGUUUGGGCAUGGUCUAGAACAUUACACCACACCAGUUCCUUAGAAUGCUUGCUGCUCUGGAGCUGCCUGUGACUCCCUGCUGCCUGCCACCGCUGCUGUGAGGCAGCCUCAUGUCCUCAGCACUCCUAAACCAAUGCACAUUUCCAUGUUUCCUUCCCUAAGCAACUUGCCAACUGCCACCUCUGUGCCUUCUGUUCCCUGGGCCCCAUAUCUACUGCCUUCCCCCAUCUGUGGAGAUCUUACCAUCCAUUCAGGCCCCAGUCAAAUGCCCCUUUUCCAUUAAGCGUUUCUAGCUAGCCCAACACCCCCAUGCCAGUGCACCCAUGAGCAGUGAUUUUGCCCAUUUCUGAAAUGUUGUUCUAGUGUGUUCUACUUAGCAUUCUCAGGGAUAGUCCCUUAGUAUUUCAAUCCUGUCUGUCUUGUCCCCCAGCUAGAUUGUAUGUUCCUUAAGAGCCUGUUAUAUUUGUCUUCUGUCUGCCAGAGCAGCAUUACACUUAGCUUUCAGUAACUAUUGGCUACAAGUGGUUAACUGAUGGAUUUGAUUGAUUAAAAAAUGAGAAUUGCAUAUAUUAGUUUCGGAUUUACUUUAUUUAUUUAUUUAUUUAUUUAUUUAUUUAUUUAUUUAUUUAUUUAAAGAUUUUAUUUAUUUAUUCAUGAGAGACACUGAGAGAGAGAGGCAGAGGCACAGGCAUAGGGAGAAACAGGCUUCAUGCAGGAAGCCCGAUGUGGGACUCGAUCCCAGGUCUCCAGGAUCAUACCCUGGGCUAAAGGUGGCACUAAACCACUGAGCCACCUGAGCUGCCCUGGAUUUACUUUUUUAAAAAAAGAUUUGUUUAUUUAUUUAUUCAUGAGAGAUACAGACAGAGAGAGAGGCCGAGACACAAGCAGAGGAAGAAACAGGCUCCUUGCAGGGAGUCCGAUGCGGGACUUAAUCCCGGAUUCCUGGAGCCACCCAAGUGUCCCAGAUUUACUUUUUUUUGACAACACUCUUCCCUCUAGAUGCAGUAGACAUUGUACAUUUCCUUGUGGACAUGUUUCAUUAUAUCAAUUAAGGUUUGAGCUUUGUACCGUAUAUAAGCUGACACAGACAUUUGCAGAUUCUUUGCUAACUCUGUAAGUUUUACAAAUGAGGAGAAAGGAAGAAGCUGGCGUUAACUGAAGCAGUAUUUCCCAGCUUCAAACUUCCCUUUAGCAACCUACAGUAAGAACCUGAAAACAGGGUGCUUUUACCUAAUAUAAAUGAUUGUUUUUACUAGCAUUUAAAGUUGAAUAAUUAAGACCUAUCUUUAACAUUUGUUGCGUUUAUUCUUCCAUGUAAAAUAUUUUUGAAGGAAGAAAUGAAAUAUGAACUACUUGAGUAAAUUAGGAGUACAUUGCUCUACCUUGACCCAGAAUGAUACUGAAACAUUCACCUGGAGACAUUGAGUAGAGAGAAAUACAGUCUGGGUGUUAAUUGUUCUCUGCCCUUUACUGCUUCUCACACAUUACUCACCUCCUGUUUCUGCAGCUGUGCACCAGAGCACUAUGUGAGGGUGAGUUGGCCUGCAGGUGUUCAGUUACCAUGUGGCUAACUUUUGACAUGUUUACUCAGGAAACUGGAUUUCAUGUAAGAAUUAGAACGAUCUCCACAGAGAUUGAAACAAAGCUCUCAAAUGCAUAAUGUGUCUACUUAAGGCUUAAAUGCCAAGAAAUGAAAGUUGACAAAUUAGUCUAAAUCAGAAACUGCCCAAUAGAAAAACAGGAAGAGGUAAUUUAUAAAAGAAAGUAAAACAGACAAAACAAGCAUGAAGGGUGCUCAGCCUCAUUAAUAAUCAAAGAAAUGAUUUUUUUUUUCACCCAACUAGCCAAGAUGAAAAAGAGUAAAGGUGUCCAGUACCUGUGUUGGUGUGGGGAAUAGGCAUACUCAUGCAUCAUUGGUGGAAUUAUAAAUAAGUACAAUCUUUCAGGAUGAGUAUCUGGCAAUGGUAUCAAAACUUUAAAUUUGCAUUCUCUAAUUCAUCAAUUCCACUUCAGAUAAAUCAGAUAAAUUGUUCAGUGCUACUAAUUUCAGUGUGAUUUACACUAGGAGUAAGCUGUAUUCUUUAAUGGGACUGGUUAAAUAUAGCCCUUUCAUACAACAGAAUACUAUGCAAGUAUUGACCUAUAGGACUAACUAUGUUCUGGGCACAGCUCACUUCAGAACAGGUGAACUCCCAUGUGUCAACAUGACCAAGGCCAAUCCCAGAUCAUGCCAUUCUCUUAAAGGCUCUCUAGAGGAGAAAGCUCAGAUUGUCACCAAGAGUUUGUCUUAAAGUUGUGCUGAGCCUUGUAUCCUGAUUAACAAAAACUAGUGAACCUGGGCGCACCUGGGUGGCUCAGAUGGUUAACCAUCUGCCUUCAGCUCAGGUCAUGAUCUCAGGGUCCUGAUUUCCAGGUCCUGGGAUCAUCCCUGCAUCAGGCUCCCUGCUCAGUGGGGAGUUUACUUCUCCUUCUGCUCUGUUUCUCCCCUCUGCUCAUGUUCUCUCUCUCUCUCUCUCUCUCUCUCUCUCUCUCUCUCUCUCUCUCUUUUUCUCUGUAAUGAAUAAAUAAAAAUCUUUAAAAAAAAUAAAACAGUGCAUCUGUUCACCAUAGCCACAGAGAAGACUGCAUUUCUCUGUGUUCUGGAGUUUGUUCUGUGUGCAGGAUUCUUCUACUUUUUCACAUCUCUUUCAGUAUCAGGGUAUCAUAAUGAUAGCAGAAACACAGUCAAAAAAAGCUUAAUGGUUUUUCACCCGUAACUGACCAUCCUACCUCAGAGCUUUCUGGGAAAUGGAAUGCCUAUGACAAUAUCAAACUUCCCACUCUGCUUUUAAGAUUUCCACCUACCAAACCUUCUGAAUGCCUUGUGUAAAUUCCAGGGGCAGCACCCAAGACAAAUAACUUCGCAGCUAAGGGCAUAGAAAGCCAACAGUAACUACACUGGAAAUAGAUUAGCAUAUUAACCACAGACAAUGGAGGCCAUAUAACUAGCAUUCUAGGAGAAAUAAAGGAUGGCAUUUGAUAUCAAAUCUGCCUGUCUUAUGACCAGCAUUGCAAAAGACUGUGCGGUGCCAUAGAAAGGCCAGCCAGAAUUUGACAGCUGCUUCUUGACAGUUGUUUCCAGCAGGCUGUGGUAUUAGAUUCUUCCCCAGUCAGAGCUAAGGAAAGGGGAGCCCUCACUAUUUAUAUGCAAGGAUCCAGCAAUCUUAUGUCUAGCUCACAUUACUGGAGUCAUCGUUAUGCAUUUAGUAUCUCCCUGGAAAUCAGAAAACCUGGGGUCUAGUUUGGUUCUGCACAAACUGACUGAGGGAUCUUGGCCAUGUCAUUUAAUCUCUCCAGGCCUUGGUUUUCUCAUUUGUUAGAUAAUUUCUAAGAUUUUGUGAGCUUUCCAUGACCUCUCUGUAAAAUUAUAGCAGAUAUCUCAAGUUUCCUCAUGUAAAAUAGGAUUAAUCAAACCCACAAGGUGAUAAUACAGAUUUAAGCUAUUCUAUGUGGAAGUGCCUGGGUGGCUCAGUCAAUUAAGUGUCCAACUCUUGAUCUCAGUUCAGUUCUUGAUCUCUGGGUCAUGAGUUCAAGUGUCCAGUGUGGAGCCUACUGAAGAAAAAAAAAAAUAGAGGACACCUAGGUGGCUCAGUAGUUGAGUGUCUGCCUUUGGCUCAGGACAUGAUCCCAGAGUUCUGGGAUCGAGUCCCACGUUGGGCUCCCUGCAUGGAGCCUGCUUCUCCCUCUGCCUGAGUCUCUGCCUCUCUCUCUCUGUGUGUGUCUCUCAUGAAUAAAUAAAUAAAAUAUUUUAAAAAAUAAAAGAAAAAACACGUAUCCUAGUGAGUAAGGGACAGAUGGGGCUAGGUAGGGAGAGAUAGGUAGGGGGCUACAUGACUAGGCUCAUGCAGGGGUUAUGUGUUCAGACUCACAGAAAUCCCAGGUGUGGGAAAUGCUAAGGCAUACAAAACCAGAGAUAAGAGAAUAUAAUGAGACAAUGAGACUACCUUUUCAGAGACAAGAUAUCUCUCUAAGAGCUACAGCUGGACCACUGAAAAUUAUCAAACUUCAAAGUAAAGGUAAACGUAGUGCUCUCAGAUUUAAGUCCUCUAGUCAGUUCUCAAUAAAAGACUGCCAGCGAAAGCCACAGUGGCAAUGCAUUCAGGACCCCUCUCACUCUAUAGAGCUUUUUUCUUUCCUUUCUGUUUUCACCUUCACUUAAUAAACUCACUUCACUUGACCCUUUUGUGUCCAUGAGAUUCGUUCUUCAACUCUGUGAGACA